AUGGGUUUGAAAAGACAAGCAUCUUAUAGAGAUUAUUGGAGUACAGCACCAGAUUUGAAUGACUCAUAUAUUUCAAAACAAAUGACUGUAAAUAGGUUUGGAUGGUUUUUAACUAAUAUUCAUUGCAAUGAUAGCUCGCUAGAACCCAAACGUGGAUCACCAAAUUUCGAUAAAUUGUAUAAACUUAAACUGGUUAUUGAAAAAUUAGGAGAAUGUUUUCAAAAAUCCAAAAAUUUAACUCAAGACCUUACAAUUUAUGAAUCUAUGGUAAAGUUCAAAGGUCGUUCAACAAUAAAACAGUAUAUGCCACAAAAACCAAUAAAAAGAGGGUAUAAAAUAUGGAUGUUGAACGAUAAAACUAAAUACACAUCAAAAUUUCAAGUUUACACUGGAAAAGUAGUUGGUUGUGUAGAAAAAUUAUCAGGAGAAAGAGUGGUAAAUGAUCUUGUUAGCUGGAUUGGAUAA